UUCGCUUUUUAACGUUUAUGUACAACAAACUUACACAUUCUUUCGGCAUAUUGAGAAACAAUGCUUAUCGAAGGUGAACAAAACAAUUUCACUGUUUAACAAUUUUUCUACAUCUCUGGUGGUUUUAUGUACGACUUUAAAGCAAACCCAUUGCUGGUCCUAGUGCGCGUCACGUCCUCAACACCUGGUAGAACGAUUGUAUCGGCACUAACUACUGUUUUCAGCUGUUUUGAACACAUUUGUUUGUUGACAUAACGCCACCACUAUCUGUUGUGCAGUGGCACGUACCCUGUUACGAUCAUUUACUACACCGUGCAGUAACUGUUACGAUCAUUUACUACACCAUGCAGUAACUGUUACUUUUCUCUCUUUUCACUGUGGUUUUGUCUUUAACAAGCAGCAGGGAGCAGCAAAAACCUUCAAAGGAUCCCGCACGAUACCAGGCUCAUUAAGAAAUGAUCCACAAGUUCCCCCGGAAGGUGUAGCACAGCGUCGUCAGGGUUGGUAAGAUUGUGUACCCUACAGCACCUGCCAGAGUGCUCCUCCGUAUCACUUCCUCGUGUACAUUUUAGCGUUGAAAGGAAUUGCGGGUGACUACUAUCCAGGAAAAUUUGUACACUCGAAUGAAGGUGAAGGUGAUAGUGCGUUAAAGUUGAAAGCCCAACCGAGCUUAGUAAAAAAAAUAGCGCUAGUGUAUCUACCUGGACGUUGGAAUGUUUGUUUGUGUGAUAGUGAUAGUGUGAGGGCCCGGGAAACACUGCCGAACAGGUGGCGGACAGUAUCACCCGGUAGAGGGUAACGCUCACGCACGAUCGAACUUACCAUCCGCCUGGAAGGGUGCCUGAUAUAUUGGGGAUGUGUUAGACGAGUUUUUGUCAACCCAGACGAUUGAAUCGUGUCGGCAUUCAACGAAAGAGGUAAGGUUUUAUCGCUCGUGUUUAGAACUGUCCGACCGCAUCUUCCGACAGAGCAGUAUAAAUGCUUACCGUACACUGAGCAUCAGUAUCAGUUCGCUUAGAAACAGGUACAUUGCAACAGGUGUUCCCAAAGCACUCCUGAAGAACUAGUGUAAUUCGAGCUUCGGCAACUUAAUUCCAUUCGAAAUGAAGGUGACAACCGUCUGCUUAGCCAUCGUGGCUCUCGUAGGAAGUGCAGCAGCCGUUUCCUAUCCUUAUCAGAACUGUCCGAAAAAUGAGGUUAUGGUGGCUUCGCCACCAUGCUGCGAACCAACCUGCGAUUGUGACUGUGAACAAUCGUGUUGCCAGCAGUUGCUCGUGUACCAGCCAACUUGCGUCUGUAUGACCGGAUACGUACGUCUUGAUGGACAAUGUGUUCCUAAGUCGUACUGCCCUGUUAAGGAGCCUGAGCCAGAUUGUUACACAACCCCGGCGCACCAACCGUCGUGCGGAUGCGGAUACACUCCUUGCCAGUGUACGCAGCCUUCUUAUCAACCUGCUCCCGUAUACCACACGGAACCCGUUUACGAAACUUGUGAAACUACUUGUGCACCGGAAACUACCACCUGUUCCUACCAUCCUGCACCCGUUUAUGAACAACCAUCGUGUGGAUGCGGAUACAAUCCUUGCCAGUGUUCGCAGCUUUCUUACCGUCCUGCUCCUGUAUACCACCCGGAACCCGUUUACCAUACUUAUGAGACUACUUGUGCCCCGGAAACUACCACCUGUUCCUACCAUCCUGCACCCGUAUAUGAAAAACCAUCGUGCGGUUGUGGCCAAACUCCUUGCAAGUGUGUACAGCCUGCUUAUCAUCCAGCUCCCGUAUAUCAUACGGAACCCGCUUACGAAACCACUAAAGCACCUACCUGUGCGCCCUGUGAGCAGCUUGUCUUUACACAUCCAUGCUGUGAGCCGACCUGUGAUAACGAUUGCUCCGGUACAGGGAACUUAUUGACCAAAGUAACAGGCUUGCAGAAAAUCAUCCCUAAAGUUCCUAGUGCCGAGGGUGAGGUUGAUAAGCGCAUCUCCCUGGCGCGGACCUGA